AAAAACCCGACAGCAAUUCGCACUCCUGAGGAGGAGAAGGAAAUGAGCAUUCACUCAUUGGACCUGAUGGUCAACCUGGACAAAGGUCACGUGCUGAGCCCCCACGUGUUCAACAUCUGCAGCGAGGCCACAGACGGCAUUUUCGCCCAGGAGACUGACCUGAGGACCAUCUCCAAGUCUCUGGCCAAGGACUACAUCACGCUGAUAUCCUCCACCUCGGAGCUGGUGCCGAGCAAACACCCGAGAUGCCGCGACACCUCAGAUAUAGGCCGGCCGUGUGCGUGUGAGCUGCGCACCUGCAUCGGGUGGUACCCGUGUGGACUCAAGUACUGCCACGGAAAGGACACGGGCGGCAGGGUGGUCAGCUACCGGUGUGGCAUCAAGACCUGUAAGCGCUGCUUGUCGUUUGUCUACGUCGCCAAGCUCAAGACCAAGUGUCUCUGGGACUUUUGAUGAGAGUUCAGGAUAGGGUCGACUACGGAUGAGUUGAUGUUAUCGGGGGAGGGGAAGAAAGAUCUACCCAUCCAAAGUUCUAGUUAACUGUUGGGAUCUGUGUAAAGAAGGAGGAGUGCUGGGACCCGGGAAAACGAUAUACUUAACUGAAGAUCAAUUCAAGUGGGUUCGACACAAGCAGAGUUGACUGUAUGUAAGGAGGCAUUGGUCAUCUUUUGUUUUUGUCGCGAAGCAGUAGGAAAGUCUUUUUGAUUGUUGAUUUUUUUGUGACAAAGUUUUAAAACUUGUUUGGAAUCUUUUUGUCUGAUGUGCAACUUAGAAAAACUGUGGUUAGAACAGUAUGUGCACAUCUAACAGGACAUGCAAUUUAACAACGGACGUAUUGUUGUAUAUAUACACAAAUAAUGUGUGUAGUUUAGAAACACCCCAGUAUCAAUAUUUUGGUUUGUGCUUUAUUGACUUUCUGUGAAAUGUCUUUGAGGAGAACUUUUAGAGGGGAACUCUUUUGAUCGGAAAAAAAAAAUUGUAUUAACUUUAAAAUGUAAAUUGCAGGUAUUUUGCACCACAAUUGCCACUGUUUCGAUCAUUUUACUUUGAUCACGAGACAAAAUUUAUAUUUUUUUUCUAGUCUUGUUGGUUUGAUGUCAUUUUUACUGACAAUAUUUGUACAUGCGUUUCCUCUUGCUGAACGACUUAUUCUGAUUCUUCUUGGAUUUCCACUCAUGUUGUCGCAGAAACGAUGAAAACUUUUUACACUCUAGUUUUUCACCUUGUUGUUAUUUGAGUUUUUUUAGAAGACUUUUUUUCAAGGUCACGUGAAAAUUAGGAAGGUGAAUGGAACGAAAAGAUUAGAUGAGAUGAAUGUAUUAUUUGAGCCUUUACUUCAGGCGUGUGAUGUACCUGUAUGUUGAUGCUCCACAUUGCCUGUCUUUCUCUCUGUUUAUUUCUCUAAUAGUUUAUAGUUUUAGUCAUAGAUUUUUGCAUUAUCCAUUUUUCUCUUAGAUUGUCUAUAGUCCCUUAUUUCCAUUUGUUAGAUGGACUUUUGUUUCUGCUUUGUUUUGUUUGUGAAGGUUAUAAAUUAUUUGUCGCUUUGGCAAACCAUGGAGUCAGUCAUGACCCUAACCCUAACAUUUUUAUUUUUAACUUAAAAAAAACCCCUAAUUUUUAAUGCAGACCUCAACUUUAGUGCGGUGGUCUCAACAUCUCUCAUUUCUCCCUCGUCUGACCCCGCUCAGGUUACAGCUCAGUCCUCACUGUACGUGCCACACACUCUCGCCCAUUCUAGGUCACAAGAUCUUGUAGUGAAUGUUAUACAGCCCGUCCAAGCAAUUUACAUAAUUUUACUCUUACAGGCGGUAAGGUAAUUCCUUGCUUUGUCGCAGCAGGUUUAAUAUAAAAUAUGUAAACUUAAGCAUUUUCAGUCAGCUUUUAAAAAGAUAGGUUUCAAUAUAUACGAGCAUGCAUUACCCAUUUAAAAAGAUAGGUUUCAAUAUAUACGAGCAUGCAUUACCCAUUUAAAAAGAUAGGUUUCAAUAUAUACAAGCAUGCAUUACCCAUUUAAAAAGAUAGGUUUCAAUAUAUACAAGCUUGCAUUAUCCACCAAAAUUUUGGGAAAAGAAUGAAGAUGUUGCAUGGAGAUACUGCAAGCUGAUAUAUAUCUGAUUCAUGAGGAAGACAAGAAUUUAAACAAAAUACUCAUCUUGUCAGUAAUGUGUCGACUUCUGAAAGUUAAGAGACAGGCUGCUUCCACCGUCCCAUUGGGGCCUACCUGGGCAGAGUGGGAUGCAGAAUCCCGGGAGAAAGACGGAAAUAGUUGAUGGAAUAGCUUCCCCAAGAAGGGUCUGAGGUAAAAUGUUUUUGCGCAUAAGGCUGAACUGAAUGCACAUGCCUGUGGUCAUUGUGACCAGGAAGCAGACUUGUCAGCUGUCCGGAAUUUCCUGGGACAAUCUCGGAUUCAGCAGUUGUGAAUGUGAGAGUCUUAUCAUAUGCACUGCACGAUGCCAUAAGUUGUCCAGCUUGAUGUAAAUUUGUUCAUUGUUAUAUUAUGUAAUAUGAUGUUAUUACAUUUGUGUCCUCUGUUUUGUUCUGAAAAACAGUGCAAGCUUGGAGUUAUAUGAAAACAAUAAAUCAUCGAAAACCUGUAAGUUAGGUGUAAAUAAGAAGUAAAAGGCCCACCCUGAUGGUAAGUCUUCUCCUCAAAAUGAAAUGCAGUCUGGAUUGAAAGAGCAAAAAGAGUCUGGAAAUGCAAUAUUUUUGUCAACAUGUCAACAAUAGAGGUGUGGAUAAGAGAACACCUGUUGUGUGAAUGAUACUUUGUGGUUAUUGUUCUAUUCAUCUUUGUAGAAAGCUGAGCUAGGAAGCAGAUUAUCCUUGUUUCUGUUUAUUAUAGCUUUCUGUACCAUGUUUUUGAUCACUGUUGCUUUUGUCGAAAGAACGAAACCUUUGCUGUGUUAAUUUGGUUGUUUUUUAAAUCCUGCUUUUUUUUUCCUUAUGCUGACUAAAGAAUACUUUUGUAAUGAAAAUUUUAUUUUAAAAAUGAUGGCUGAUGAAUGUUUUUGCAAUGCGUACAGUCUUAAAUUAUCCGGUGUUUUUCAUGCUCUUUUUAGAAUAGUUGUGUUUUCUCUUUAAAGUUAUUUUAGUAGGCUCUCAACCCAAUUGGCUCUGUCCUAUUGUAGACGGACGUUGAAUCGAGAGGGCCUGCCUCUUAGAUGACCUAAUAGUGUUGCUAGGGACCUAUACAAGUGGGUGGUUGGUGGAUGCUCUAGUGUGGUUUGCCCCUUCUUUCCUAUAAAAAAAGUAUUGUCCUUAUCUCUCCUCCUCUGUUGUAUUUGUUACUCUCUUGAAACGCCUCAAAUCUUUGGUACUUAGGCGACCUAAUCGUGUAAGUUAAAUGUAAAAGUGACAUAAAAUGUUUACUAAAACUAAAAACUAAUGCAUCGCGGGAAGGCACAAUUGUUGAACAUGGACUAGAGGUAAAAAUUUAUGCUUAGACUAAAUCAAAACUUGUGGUGAGAUUUAAGCAAAUGUCUGAAGGUUUGGGUUUUUUUAAAAUGCCGGUAUGUUACAAUUUUGUUACUGAUGGAAGCUAUGGGUUGUAGCAUGAGAGUUGUGACUGGGGGGAAAAAAAGAUCUGGCAGUGUGAUAUUAAAUGUUGUAUUGGAAAUUGUUAGAAUGUACAAGAUGCUGUCUCUAUGGUGUGUGUGUGUGUGUGUGUGGGAAGGGGGGGGGGGCCUUGUUAAUGUAUGUGUUUGCAUGUGUGUGUGUAUGUGUGUGUUUGUGUGUGUAUGCAUGUGUGUGUGUGUUUGCAUAUUAUAUAUAUGUAUGCACCUGUUUGAGUUUAAUGCUUAAGGCUAUUUGUAAAGGUUUUCACAUUUUGUAUAAUGUCUGUACAUGCAUGUUUUGCAUUUAUUGCCUAGCUAUCUACCGUUAUUUUUAAAUUUAAAAAUUGUAAAUUAAAUCUAUGAAGUUUAUUCUGUCUUAUUACUGCUGAUGUUCCGAGCAUUGAACAUCACAGGAGAAUUAACCCUUUCACUGCCAGAACUGUUCCAUAAUCCCACCAAUGAUCUUAUACCAUCCUGGAUGAGGCAGUGAAGGGGUUGAAUCUUGCUUGACAACUUGGACAAGUGUCUGAACGUGCUUGCUUGGGCUGAGGAUCAAGCAAAUGUAAAUAAUAAAUACUUCUGAUUAUAU